ACCCGUCAGGAAGAAGAAAAACAAAACAAACCCGAGAGAUCUGAAGCAGCACGGCGUGGACUCCAUUGAAAAGGAAACCUUGUUCUCGCCAUCAGGAGAACACACACGAGGUUCGACAAGCAACAACACGUAUGCGAGGGCGUCCUAAAAACCUGAAGCGUACACAGAACCACACUUGACCACAACAGACCAGACCACACCAGGUUGAGCCCAGUCACUGACCCCUCCCCCCCUCUCCCCUUCCUCCCUCGGCCUUGAAGGCUGAAUCCACCAGCACGCUGCGAUCAUCUCAUUUGGCAUUCGGUUAUUGCGCUCGUCGGAAAAUCUUACACCACUGGGACCGGACAGGGGGCCCAGAGGUUCCCCCCGCUGGAGCUCUAAGCUGUGUCUGGCAAUGCCUCAGCCCAGCGUCAGUGGGAUGGAGCCUCCCUUUGGGGACGCGUUUCAGAACUACUCGUUUGCUGACCAGGCCCUGACCAGCACGGAGCUUCUCGCCACCAGCUCUGACCCAGAUUUCAUGUACGAACUGGACAGAGACAUGACCCACCGGCAGAGCCCCUGUGGGGACAGCGUGGUCGGUGUCGCGGACGGAGGGAAGGAGGUGGAAGGCUGCGUGGAUCAGCUCAUGAGUCUGGGCGAGAGCGAGAGAGAAGUCAGCAGCAACUCAGCGUUUGAACAGUGGGACUCCUAUUGGGAGGACCUCACCAGAUAUACACGGCUGGCCAGCUGUGACAUCUGGGGAACCAAAGAAGUGGACUUCCUUGGAUUGGAUGACUUCUCCAGCCCCUACCAGGAUGAGGAGGUGAUCGGUCGAACCCCAACGCUCGCCCAGCUCAACAGCGAGGAUUCGCAGUCUGUGUGUGAGGCGCUGUACCCUCCCGCUGACCUCAUCAUGCCGGGCACCCAGUCUCAGCAGUCCCAGUUCCCCUGCCACAGUAAGAGACCCCUGGUCCCCAGCCAAGGAUCAGGCCCUGGCUCUGCACGGCCCUCUCCGAACACCCCGUCCUCUUCCCGUCCUUCCCGCAGCCUUCUUCCAGACUUCCCUGAGAGUCCCCAGAAGGCCACAAGACCCGUCCCCUCCAGCACAGAGACUAUGGCCAAGACCCAGACCUUCCUCAGCCCCAUCCAGGAUCAUGGCCUAGCUCAUGCCAAGGCCCAGGGAAGAGGAACCAAGAUGUGUGCUCCGACUUCUCCUGGCUCUGACUUUGUGCGGAAGGCUAAAGUCCGUGUCAGCACGGUGCCGAAACCUCAGCCUGACAAGCCCGCCCAGACGGACUUUGAGAGGUCAGAUCCGCCUCUUGCCGUCCCUCAGCCCCAUGACGAGAAGGCCUCCACUUCAGCAAGCGCCUCCAUGGGCGGACUCCCUGCCGCAGCCGGCGGCUCUGGCAGCCUGACGAGCUUUGAGAGGCGGGCUGAGGGGGCCGUGAAGAGAGAGAUGCCUGCAGGCUGGUCUGCCUCCGUGCCUGAGCUGAUGGAGACGAACGAGGCGGUGGACAGCGGCACCUCUGGACUCGUCAGCGCCAGCGAGAGUGUGGCCGGAGCUAGCGGUGGCGUUUCGGUGGGCGAAGGCUCAGAGAAGAGCAAGGAGGAGGAACACAACUACUCUCUGUUCCUGACCCGCAGCAGACUGGCCAGCAGAGCACACUCCCAGCUAGAGGAAGACGAGGAGGAGGAGGAUGAGGAAGAAGAAGCAGAGGAAGAAGAGGAGGAGGAAGGGGAUGGACUGGAGCUGGAUGAUGAAGACCAUGAUGAGGGUUUUGGCAGUGAGCAUGAGCUCUCUGAGAAUGACGAGGAGGAAGAGGACGAAGAGGAGGAUGAGGACUAUGAAGCAGACAAGGAUGAUGACAUGAGUGACGCCUUCUCUGAACCAGGCUGCGACAUGGAGCUCAUGGACGACAUUAAAGGUCUGACAGCUGGAGUUUCCAGCCGGAAGAGAGGCAAGCGUCGCUACUUCUGGGAGUACAGCGAGCAGCUCACCCCCUCCAAACAGGAGCGCAUGCUCAAACCGUCUGAGUGGGACAGACACACGCUGCCUAGCAACCUGUACCAGAAGAACGGGCCUCUCCAUGGAAAGUACCUCCUGAAGAAGUCUCGCCGCACGGACGUCGAAGACCUGACUCCUAAUCCGCGCAAGCUGCUGCAGAUCGGCACCGAGCUUCGCAAACUGAAUAAGGUGAUCAGCGACUUGACCCCCGUCAGUGAGCUGCCUCUGACCGCUCGACCCCGGUCUCGCAAGGAGAAGAACAAACUGGCAUCAAGAGCCUGUCGUUUAAAGAAGAAGGCUCAGUAUGAAGCAAACAAGGUGAAGCUCUGGGGACUCAGCACAGAAUACGAUCGACUUCUGUUUGUGAUCAACGCCAUCAAGGAGGAAAUCGUGGCCCGAGUGGAGGACACCUCUCCUCGCCCGACCAACAUGAACGACACUCUGGAGCAUCUCAUCCAGGAGACACUUGUGGCAUCACCUGUUGCCGGGCAGACUUCGGACUUCGUCAACAAGAUCUUGGAGAACACAGGACGCGGUGAUCCCACCGGCGGACUGGUUGGCCUGCGAGUCCCCACCUCCAAAAUCUAGACAAAGGGCGGUCCACUGAGAGGAGUGGACUAAAUAUUAUCACCGUGCUGUCCCGUUGUAACUAUGCUCCCCUCUGCAUGCCCCUCCAACCCAGAGUACAUACACAUUGUUAGCCACACAAACACACAUACCACCCCCUGUGUGUAUCUAUGUGUGCUUGUUAUAGCCAUGCACCUGUAUGGCAGACACCCUAGCUUCCUGUCUCUGCACACCGCGUGCAGAGUCAGUGCGUCACCUUCUACCAACCCAUCGCGAGCGUCUGUUGGGUAAAGCGCCUUUUUAAAUACAAAAGGAUGGUUAGGUGUGUAGCUAACGGCACGCUCCAGGUCCACUGGGGAUUAUUAGAUGUGUUUAGCAAAGCAUUGUGUACGGUCGGUUCUGCUUCCAGGGCUGAGACGAAAAACAGUCACACGAGUGUAACCACUGGAAAACUUUCACGCAACGUGUUUGAGGAUGACAGAGGAAGAACUGUUGAGCGACAGACACCAUUAAAUGUAGAGGAAGUUCCAGUUAUCAUUUCCUAGAAGAGGUUCACCUCACAUGGCUAUAGAACAUAGCAUCAGGAUGUCAGAUCGACACACUUAGAUAAGGACUUUGACUAAAAAAAAAAAAGAAUCUUUGGUUGCACAGACUGCUGCAGGGAGAGAAAAGACGCAGCACGCUCUGAGGCGCCAUGGGGUGGCAGGAUAUAUUUUGUAUUGAAGGCCUAAAUAUGUUCAUGCCAUCCCCUGUUUUUUGGAGUGGCAAAUUCAAGCUCAAAACACAAAGAGCUGAAAGCUGAAAAAAACACAGACUUUCACAAUAAAAUGCCACAAUCCUGCCGGGUUGAAGGUCGGAGCAUGCAGUAUGAGGCUUAAUGCUUUUAUUUUGAAAAACGUUCUCUAAAUCAACAGCAGGUAGUUGUGCAUGUGGUUUGGUGCUUUUUUGGCCUUGUGCUGGUUUUAACUGGACUGGGUGAAACGGGCAGUUUGCCAGUGUAGGAGCAGAUAGUGAGGAAGAUGAUUGUUGAUGAAGAUGACAUAAACAGUGAUCCAUCUCCUCGAGGAAACUGUAAAUACGAAGUGUCUGCGAGUGGAAAAAAAAUGGCACUGGCUUUCCUUUUUGUACAGCAGAGAUGACCAGGCGAACAGUUUGGUAUGUUCAUACUAUAGUGUUUGAUCAGAGUUCUAUUCAUUGUGCCUUGUGUAUGUAUGUGUGUGUGUUUCUGUAAGCCUGACGGUGCGCGAGUGACUGUGUGUGUGUGUGCGAGUGUGUGUUAGAGGUGACUUAACGAGAGGAGGUGAUUGGUCUGAGCUCCCUGAGGUCCGGCCAAUGAGAGGACUACUUUACACUGAGGGAGAUUGUUAGUGAAUGUGAGAAGAGAGACACACCUGUGGGGUUUGUUGUGUAUUUCAGUUGUCUGAAGAUAUUCUGAAUGUACAUAAAAGAAACGGAAGCUCUUGUUGCGUGAUGCCACAGAGUCUGUGUAUAUAGGAGGGCUCUGCAAUAGAUUACUUUCUGGUUUUUGGUACUCUGUCUUUAGGGAUCGGGGGAUGGGGUUAACAGAUAUUUUCGUUAAGAGUUACAAAAAUAUUUGCACACUAUAUUUUGAUUGUUUUUUGUACCAAAGACACAUGCAACGAAAUGGCGAACAGCCAGUUAAAGUAAGGUUUUGCACAGCUUACCUGACGCCGUAUUGAAUGUAAGAAAUGUGGGAGGGUCAGGGAACUUCAUUGAACUGUGAAAUUAGCUUGGGUCCAAUUCUGUACAGAAAAGGAACAUUCAUUCAUUCUUUUUUUUUUGAAUCUAGAAGUUAAUCCCAUCGACGGGCUUCUUCAGUAGAUUUGUCGCUUAGCAAAGCACUUCAUUCCUGAACGGAUUCCUCCCUCCACAUGCUAAAUGUGUUCAUGGCGCUUUUUAGGACAGAGAACUAAGAGCGCUGGUAGAUAAGCUAUGUUACAUAUUUUUUUUUCUUGUUUGUCAAAAUGUCACCAACAAUAACCAAAAUGUUUUGUUGUGUCACUUGUUUUGAUUUUUCUGUAUGUAGACGAGGUCUAGUUCAUUGACAUAAUAUUAACUGAAUUGUGUUCUAAGUACUGUAUAUAGAAACAUUAAUGAUAUAUAUCUAUCGAUGGUGAAACGCCACUUUUCAUGACAACUGAUUCAUUUUUAAACAUGACACAUUUCUAAAGCCUACCCUUGCAUCCAGAACGUUAGAGGAAAAAACACAAAAGCCAAAAAAAAAAGUUCUUGUUAUAUUUUUGUACUUUAGCUGCCUGCUAGCUUUCCUGACGGAUCGUUGGUCAGAUUUUCUCCCUGUGGAGAGAAGGAGGAGAGAAAGGUCUUACAGAGCAGUCUGAUAGUUUGACCUCGGGUCUCAUUCGCUGGCUGAGUGACAUGCAGGUAAUCUGGACUGGAUUUAUUUCAAACACAAUGCAGUGAAGCUCUGGUCUAGUUUAAACGUCUAUAAAGAGAACCAGGACACACACGGGGAUGUGUUCAGAAGCAUGAGGAUGUAGGAGCAGAUGAGGAAGAGGUGUUACUACAGGUGCAAGCCAAAGCCAUUAUAAUUUGUUCCCAGGUUGAUCUGGAUUCAGCACUGUGUAUUUCCACUUUUGAUUUUAACACAUAUUUACUUCUUAACCACGGAGGCGGUUGAAUUUCGUGUGUCCUGGGAUUGACGCAGCCGCCUUUGAGGUGACAUAGCUGAAUGUUAUCCUGCCUGGUCUCGCCUCUGGUCCUCAGCUUACAUCCAUCCUCGUGGGCAGAAUAAUUCAGAUCAUAGAGUUCAAAUGUCCGACCCACAAAUGGACAGUGCGUCCACAACCCCCUCAGAAAUAAAAACAAACUGCAUGAUGCCUGUAUGCUUGCCUCCGUGCUGUGCCUUCAGAGGAGACGCUGCCAAUCCCAGGAACUCUCCAAUUCAACCGCACUCGACUUGGUUAGCAGGAAAAUACAAAGAGUUAGUGCUUGGCGAGGCUGAAUUCAGGUUAGUUAAGAUGAAAAAAUCCUCCUUCACUGAAUGAACUCUGACGAUGGUGGUGCAGACCUGCAGCCUGUCUGUAUCAUGUGAUUGAAUAAUAGCCAGUGCUCCACACACACAUAUAUAAAUAUAUAUAUUUUUACUGUUUCUGUUCCGUCUAAAAAGGGAGAAAUGGUGCUUUUUCUGAAACUAGAAUGAGGAGUUUCCAUGAUUCUUAUUUUAGUCUAGUUGUAGCCUAAUGACUUGCUCCCCCCGACCGUCCAUAGCUAUUUUCUUAGUAGUGAUUCAUUUUGUAAAUAGACUACAUAAGUUAAUAUGUAUCUUCUAAAUGUUAGAUAUAUGUAUAGAAUACUCUAUCUUAUAUGUUUGAAAACAAAAGCACUUUGUCCAAAAAAGGAAAAAAAAAAUUAAAAAGAAAAGCAUUUUUUUCUUCCAUUUGCUGCUAAAGGCCUGGUGUGAAUGCUGCAAGUGUACUUGACGACUACUUGCUAGGAUAGGUUUAUGACCUGACUCGGGUCGGGUCUGUAAACAAGCAAGCAAUCGUUGGAGCCAUGUGAUGAUAUGAGGUAUUGAAUGGGAGCAUAUCAUUGCUUGGCUGUGAGGAGUUUGGUGUCUUGACAGGAUAGGUCUAUUUCCUGGUCAGGGGGAUAGCGUGAUUGUGGUCUUAAAAAAAAAGAGAGGGUUUUGAUUCCAGGGCCCCUACGUUGAUCCUGAUGCUGACCCCCUUGGCUUCAUGAUUAAUUGCCUUCAGUAGAGGUUUCCUAUGGAAAAACUGAUUCUGCUUUGGCUUCCUCUUCAGGGUGAUGUACAGUGUAGACACAUUUCUCCAGAGAGCUAUAUUGUUAUCAUUUGUAAACUGAUUUCUACUUGUGACUUAAUGAGGAGGGGUUUAGCCCGGGGCGGCCCGGAAGAGCCCAUUUGAAUAUGCUGUUCCAGGUCGCCUUAGGGGGAAGUUACUAUAUCACUGUACUGUAUGGCAAGCCAAUUACAAAUGGAGACUCAAUCCGGACACUUAUUGCCUUCUUAAACAACUUUUCAUAACACACAAACAAAAAUAAUAACACGGCAGACGUGUCGGGUCUCAAGGGAUCUUCCUGAGAUUGAUGGCAUGAUCAUUCUGCGUGUAUACGGACAACAACAACAACAACAACAACAACAACAACAAACCAUUCAGCCUGAUUGGCUCAAAACAACCUUGACUGAAGAGCAGGCGCGGUGAAAAUAAAUCUGAAAAAUUGCUUCAAAUUUGGACGGCUUGUGCUCAGUUUGAUCAACAUUUGAAGCAUCGUUUCAGCUGAGGUUUCUGCCCAGGUCUGAUUAGGGGGUCGACGGCGGCGGUGAAAGGGCCGCUGGUCGACCGGCAGUAGAUGGGCUUAUGAGAAGGAGGAGUGUGUGUUUUGAUGCUGAUCACGAGGCUGGUUCAAGAUAGAGUCCUCACAGGUUUUUACAUUUAACAUGAUAGGCGCAAGCUGUGCAACUUUACAUUCAAACCAGGAGACUCUGUGGCAUUUUAACAGUUGAGGAGUGAGUGAAAAAUCCACGCCAGUAAAACUAUUCCUUCUACUUUUUAUUUCUGAUGACGUUAAUCCUAUACAGUCAACUAUUAAGCUAAUAGAGUGUGUGACUUUGUGCUACUCUUGUCCAAUAAAAGCUAAGUGGAUCCAUAAAGCUCUUCUUCAGCAAAUCAGGGUAAUAUCGUUCUUCUAUCUGACAUAUGUGAUGACAUAUAAAAUCAAAAGAAAGUAUAUUUAUGUAUUCCAAUUAUUGUCGCCAUUCUUUACUCUGUACAAAAUAUUUUAUGUGCGUGCGUGUGUGUGUGCGUGUGUGUUAUGAUAAAUGUCAAUCAUUAUAGUGCAAUGCUCUCUACAAGAACUGAAAACAGGCCAACAGACUUGUCACAGAUUUCCAGCUUCAAACAAAAAAACACAACUUUUAAAACAAACGUCCUCUCACCAACGAAUUAGAUUCUGAUUCCUCGCCUGGGAUUCGUCACAUGGUGCUGAUUACUUUUCAUUACAUCAGAUUUAACCCCCAGAUUGAAAAUGGCAUCAGAUCUAUUCAUGAGUAACAUUGAUUGUGUGAUUAUUGUUCCCCAGACUGUCCCUGUUGGACCAAUCAGAGGAAGAUUCACACUCAAGUCUUUCUCUCAGCAGCAGCAACAGACUGCUGGUUUCUGUGUUACUGACCUGUUGUGAUCAUUGUUGUUCAGCAUUACAUUAUUUCUUCUGUAAAAAGCCAGACUCUUCGAUUUUAUGUUACUGCCUGAAGUCAGAGUGGAACACAAUAUUGCCCACGUCUUCUAAAUAAAUACACGUACUCUGGUGUUUAAAAAAAAACAUGGUCCGUCAUUAUUUACAGAGCAGAUACUCAGACCUCCCGAGGGAAUACUUGGUAAUGCUUUUUUAGCAUCUCUGUGAUUUUCUGAUUAUUUAAAAGAAAGACAGAUCAGGAAAAAUUUAAAAAGUGGUGUUACAUUUUAUUUCCAGUUAAUCGGAUCCCAUUUACAACAAGCGGGUCAGCUACUACUGCUAAACAAAUCCCAUUUAUUAACAGGCAACAUAUGAAUCAACAUCAAAAGUAAAUAAAGUUUAUAUUUUUAUAAAUAUUUGCUUGUUUUUUAUUUAUAUUUAUGUUUUUGACUAUUAUAAAAUUACUAUCAGACAGAGAAAAGGUGCUGCAUGUAGUAACGACCCCUCAGAUCAUUUAUAACACCCUCACCCGUCAUUCAAAAUUCAAAAAACAGAUUUUCAGCCCCUGAAAAUAUUUGAAUUUAACACAAAUACUUUUCCUUUAAGUCGUUUUUGAACUGAUGUAUCAUGAGGCAUGAUAAUUGUAUAUAUUUCUUAAUGAAAAUCUAGUGCAGUGCUAGUUGUUAUUAAGUCAUAUUAGCAUAUCAAGCUAGCGUACGUUUCAAAUGUUGCAUAAGCAUGAAGUAUUUAAAAAUUCACGCUGUGUUCUUGUCCUGCAGAAAUAUCUGUGUGAUGUGUGUUCAAAGUUAAGUGAACAUUUUGGUGCUUUAGUGACUAACAAAGUAGAUUUCACAGAAGGUGGAGGAGACCAAAAUCAGAGCUAAAAAGAUCAGCAACUUAUGUUUAACAAUGAAUGAGUAAAGGUCAGCCUUAAAUAUUCAGAUUUGUUCUCAUCAGGAGCUUAUUGGUAAAUCACAGAUCUAUGAGAAAAGUGAUAUCAAAUAUUAUUAGCGAUAUACAAAUUCAUUUGAACAAAACAACAACCUCUCGCUGGAUGUGAUGUCAGAUCUCAGAGUCUGGUUUUGAGUCUCUUUUCGAGGCUUUUCAAAUGUUUCCUGUCUUGUUUGAAUCCAUGUGGGCUGCCCCCUCGUCCAAACGCCUCGUCUUCGGAGGCCGUGUGCUUACUACCCUCUGCGUUCUCUCCCCCGUGUCUCGACGACACGCCAGUAAUGUACUCUGUGAUGAAAUAUACAGUGAGAACACUGCAUGCUGCAUAGCACUGAGAGAAACAAGUGAUCUCUGCAUAUUUGGAAAAAAAAACGUGGCGUCAUAAAGUUAACUCACUGUACUCUCAGUUGAAUGAUUUCAUACUUGCUGCUAAUGAAUGAGCACAAAGAGACUUUAGAUUUUGGUUAAGCGUGUCUACAACACAAAUACAGUAUAACAAUAACACACAACCCCCGUUUCUCUCCACACUCUUUUCCUACAACAGUCAAACGACCAACAGUGUUACUCACCUUGAACUUGGGUUUAUACUUUUAACCAGAAAAAAAAACAUACUUUGAAUAUGAUGCCUGCUGAACCAGGUGCCUUAAUCAAUUAUAUGAGAACAUAAAUCUGCACCUUCUGUCAGUCUGGAGGGGGUUUCCCGACAGAAACAAGGGGCUGGGUUUCCCAAAACCGACACUUCAAGUACAAAUGAAAGUCUUAUUGUCCCCAAAGUCAUAUGUUUUAUAAACUGAUCCGCCUUCACAGCAGAUACGAGCUGUUUAUUGUAAUAUGCAUUGUAAGGAAUUCCCUUUUGAAGCAUCACUGAAGAAGAGCAUACGUGACAACUUGUUGUUUUGGGAAACCUGGUUCUGUUUUUAGCUCUUUCUCUGCCCACUAUGCCACGUUAUUGUGUUUUCUGUAUCGGCUGCUAUUGCUGCUAUCACCGCUGGUGUGUCCGUAGAAGAGCAAACUUCCACUGUGUCUGAGGCAGAGGGAGACUUGGGCCUGCUUUUUACCUUAAGAAUUGAAAAUGCAUCUUCUUCUUUGGUUUCGACAUGGAGCCACUUGAGACUUUUUAGAGAAAGACAAAAAAACAAAACAAAAAACAUACUUUCCAUUUCUUAACUUUGCUAUUAUGAAGUGCCAGACCCUCCUUGAAGUCAGUGUUGGCACUGAGUCGCAGGUUGCGAAUGAAGCGACAAACUGAGCGUGGAGGUAAACUGUGGUGCUAAUCUGUCUGUGGCUGGGUGCUAACAUGGCUGUGUUCACAAGCUGUAUUAGCCAUAUUAUUCCUUCUGUUGAUGACUCGGGUCAGUCUUGUGUUUCUGACUGCUGCACUGCUGUACGCUGACAUGGCGAGGUAUAACUGCUGCUUUGCUGAUGAAUGUAGAUUAGUCUUCCUCAGCAGGAUCAUUCAGACAGGUGUGAGUGUCUGGUGGAGAUUUUCCUGUUGUUCUAUUUCCUUCUUUUUGUUUGACACACAGAGGAAGCCUCUUGUCGUCUGAUCCCAGAAAGAUCAUGAAUGUUGUAUCUUUAUAAGGCCGCUGUCCAGGUUGUGUGUUAAAACUUUAUUUUGAAUAAUAUUAUGGUUGAAUAUUUAUGCUUUGACUCUGUCAAAUGUUGCUUGUUUGAAAAAAAAAAUCUCAAAAUUAUUUGUAUUUUUUUGCCUUUUUUCCAGAUCCCACUUUCUAUAGCAUUGGUUUGAUAUUUAUGUAUUUUGUCCUUUGAAUUAAUGUGUUAAAUUGUUAAAACUAGACUUUAUAGCUUUUCCACUGGUGCAGGCUUCACCAGGCGUCAGAGGCUUUACAUGAGGCUCACAGACAUGAAUCACUGUCAGGAUGAAACCAGAUAUUUUUACAUGAUUCCCUGAUUACCUGACAAGAACUCCUUAUAAUCUAUUCAUAUUAUAUCGCUCAUAUUUAUUGUGUACGUCAAUAUGUAAUAAAAGUAAUAUUUUUAUACAAUCCUGCCACUACACCCCAGAGCUAAUCAAUACAAAGACGAGAAUGUAAAUGAUUUAAAGAUGGAUAAGUUAGAGACAUUAUCCAUGAGACACACCCACUCAAAAUUAGUUAUAUUACUUAUUAUUAUAAGUCUAAAAAUAACUAAGUAAAUCAGGUAAAUGUGUCAUUUUUUGCAAAAACCUGCAAAAUACCUGCAGGUAAAAUAACAAAGCACCUUAAAAUAUUUACUCAACAGAUAACAAAUACUUCAACUUUAUAAAAAAGCACUUAUUUGUCUAUUUUCCAAGUGUUGGCUAAGAAGCUGAACAGCUUUCAAAUGUUUUUUUCUCAAUAAAUAAGCUAUAACCAGUUAGCUUAGCUUAGUUUAGCUUAGCAUAAAGACUGGAAACAAAGGGAAAGCUAGCGUGGCUCUGUCCAAUUAAAGAAACAUCCACCAACCAACCAUUCUAAAGCUCCCUGGUUGUUGUGUUUUAUCAUUUUAUUAUAUAUAUUUUAUUUUUUAUUUAACUUGUACAUAACUAAACUUAAAGGAUUAUUUUACUGUGUUUUAGUGAGAGGCUCCUGUGAGUCCUGUUGUUGUCUGUGAUGAACUCAAAGAAAAAUGAUGUGAUUAGGUCAGGAUUUUUGGGAUGUGUGGUCCCAGAAUUUUGCAACAACCCUCAUUGUCCCACAGGGAAGUUAAAUGUCACUACACUAACAGGCCAAUUCAAAAAAUGGACAAAGUAGAACAAAAGUCUAAGAAAAUAAAAAAUCAGACUACCUUUGUACAUAUAUUUCUGUUUCCUGUGCUGCUAUAAAUCAACCUGCUACCACUGAUACAGUCAUUAAUCUGGCUUAGUCACCUCAGGGGUCAUGUGACAACAAAGAAAAGUGGAAACAGAUCAUAUUUGCACGGUUUUAUUUAAAAUAUAAUCACUAUUUUUCAUUUAAAAUAUGCUAUUGUUUUUUGAAGGCAAUUCAUGACCCCUCUAUCAGUAUUUCGUGACCAUCUACUUUGGGUAAAAAAAAUGUUAAGAAAAAUGUUAAAAAAUGUUAAAAACAGGAUGGAUCUUGAUUUUAAUUGGGUAAUUAGAAGAUUUAAAUUCUAAAAGUGUUUGUCCAUUCAAACAUAUUUUACAUUCCUUAAGUAUGUUAUCAAAAUCUGUUUAUAAAAUUGCAGAAAACACUCCACACUUUACCUUUCUUCAGAAUCCUGUUUAUAUCAUGAGUUACCUUCUUUGUAUCACGUUGUCCCGUAUUAUUCAGGGUGAUCACUUCAGAUCUGCAGUUCCAUCGUGGCUCUGAGUAGUCUUUGUCUGUGAGGCUCAUGAAGUGUUCUGUCAUUGGAGGUUUACGGCGUCAGAAGGGGAAUUUCACCUUUUUUCACACAGCAGCCAUUUUUGUCCGAUGUCAUGCUCAUGAUGAGAAGCUCGGAUAUGAGUGUACUUUUGUACGACUGUAUUACAGUUUGUAAGUCUUACUAAUGAGGGAAAUCUUACAACUGUUAUCGUUUCACUGGUUUGCAUUAAAAGACGACUGAUAAUGAAAAUCUGGACACAUCUAAGUCCAAAACAACAAGUUUGAUAAGCUACUAGCUUAAAACACCUGAUAGCACUUACUUGCUAGCUAACAUUACACUGGCUAAAAGGUAAAUUCCUUGCAAAGAUAAGGCUAGCUAAGUAGUGAGGUCCUAUUUGACAUUUAGUUAGCUCAGAAGUAAAUUCUGUGCUAGCUUGACAGCAUCUUAGAAACAACUUCCUGCUUAACUUUACAUUAGCCGAGAGGAAGACUAGCUAGCUAAGUAGUGCAGUCCUAUUUGACAUUUAGUUAGCUCAGAAGUAAAUUCUGUGCUAGCUUGACAGCAGCUUAGAAACAACAUCUACUUAACUUUACAUUAGCUGAGAAGAAAACUAGCUAGCUAAGUAGUGCAGUCCUUUCUGACAUUGAGUUAGCUCAGAAGUAAAUUCUGUGCUAGCUUGACAGCAGCCUAGAAACAACUUCCUGCUUAACUUUACAUUAGCUGAGAAGAAGAUGCUAGCUAAGUAGUGCAGUCCUUUCUGACAUUGAGUUAGCUCAGAAGUAAAUUCUGUGCUAGCUUGACAGCAGCCUAGAAACAACUUCCUGCUUAACUUUACAUUAGCUGAGAAGAAGACGCUAGCUAACAUUAUGCUAGCGCAGAAGUAAAUACCCUACCCACCUGAUAUCAGCUUUGAAAGAAAUGCCUUACUAGCAUUAAAAUAUCUACAAAGUGAACUCUUUCCUAAGUUAAAAUUAUGUUAGCUAGGAUUUAAAUAAUUCAACCAAACAUUGAUAUUAGCUUUUAGGCACUAAUUAGCUAAUGGGCAUAUUAGCUAGCAAGUGCCUGAAUGCUAGAAGUAACACACAAAUAUUGUCGCUGUCCGUUGUCUUUGUCGUGGCACAUCAUUUAGGAAGCAGUGAAAUAAUUGUGAACGUCAGAUAGCCUGAGUUUAUAGGAUCUACAAUCUGUAAUACAGCGGUGUAACUUUACAGAAGUGUUUCUGAUUAUGACCUCGGAUGAAAAAAAGCCUCUCAGUGUAAACAUGGUUGGAAAGAGAACCUCGCCUUGACACAACUCUAAUUUUCUCCUGACUCUGAGGAUCAGGCGCUCCACAGCGUUGGGGCUCAGGUUUGGAGUUUAAUGUUGCUGACAACAUAAAAAAUAAUUGAUGAGUUUUCUGGGAAAACUUCACCACCGCGCCAGAGAUGCCCCCUCCUUCCUUCCCUCCCUCCCUCCUUCCCUUCCCUUCCUUCCUUUUCUUCAGGGUGCUGUAUUUUUAUUUUUUUAUCUUUUUAUCAGAAGAGCUUUGAUUUGCAGUCAUCUUGUCAGGGAGCUCCUGAGAUUAGCCAGGGGCCACCUAGUAAAGGCUGGUGGGCAGAGACCCCUCACCCUCUCCUACAAUCAAAGAUGAUGAGGAAGAAGGGGUUCGUUUCCUCUCCUGCAGACUGAUCUUAUUGAAACAAACGACAACAUCACAUCCUAAAUAAUAACAAAGAAACCCUCUUUUCUACCCGCUCUAUCUACACACUCAUCGUCCAACACUGCAACGAUUGGCCUCCCUCCAGACUUGCCAAAAUGCAUGGAGUGAGAGAAUUUAACAAAAAGAAAAAGUAAAUCUUAAACAUCUUUUCUGUGUCUUUUUCUUUUUUGAUUUCGAUGAUAAAAACACAUAAUUUAAGACGAUUUUUAUUUAGGAAAUCCAUACAAGUCCAAACAUGUAGAGGAUGUGUGAGGUAUCGGUCACCCUGAGCUUCACAGCUACAUGCCAUCGUUCUGAUGCUUCUGGUCUUGUAUGGUAACUUAUUUGAUUAGAUCAACAGCAUGGGAUCUCUCUGUAGUUAGUCCUGUGUGUGUUCCUCUCCCCAGUCUCAGUAGGAAGACUGUUCUCCAUUGCUAAGUGCUCUAUAAUAGAUCUCUUGGUGAUUCUAAUUUCAUAAAGAAGCAAAACCUGCAGAAAGUAAAGUAUCCUGCUGAAACUAACUUGAUCCUCUCUUUAGCAAUGAAGUCUAUAUUUGUAGUUCACAUAUAUGCCUGUUCAAAUACAAUAUCUUGACAGUUGUUAUAUUUAUGUUGUGUAAUAAAUGUUGUGCUGGGUUUUGCUUUUGGUUUAUCUAACUGUCUUUUUGUUUUACAUUGUAUUUUAUUUCUCUUGGAGGCACAGUGGGUGGCUUUAUGCACAAGCAAGGAAAUCUAAAAGAGUUUUGAUUCUUUUUUCUUUUUUUGAUUUGUACUGUAAGGACUCAUUAAGUUUCAGAGCUUCAGAUAGUUUUUGUCUCUGGCUGCUCGACAUCCUGCGGACACCUGCCCUGAAACUCUGUUGUGUUUUUCGUGCCUCUUUCUCUGUUUUUCUUUCUUUUCUUAUUUUUUAAAAUCAUUCUUUCUCUGUUGUAUCAGCCAGGAGUUGAUACUACAGCUCUGCUUGUAACCACAGUAGUCUGAUUAUGUUUAUUGAUUUUAAUAUGAAAACAAUAAAACCAUUAGCACCCCAA